UUCGGCAAUUUCAAUUUGAGUGAAGCUAAGAAUUUGUUCAUCGUCGAUAUUUGGUGCGACCAUGGCUACCGACGCCAUUGCUGAGCCGAACAAGCUGAAGCUUUACUCUUAUUGGCGGAGCUCUUGCUCCUGCCGUGUACGAAUUGCUCUCAAUCUCAAGGGGCUGGAUUACGAGUAUAUAGCGGUUAACUUGCUUAAAGGCGAACAACAGUCUCCUGAAUUUUUGAAGCUUAAUCCGCUCGGAUUGGUGCCUGUGCUUAUCGAUGGAGAUACUGUUGUUUCAGACUCCCUUGCAAUUUUAUUGUAUCUGGAGGAGAGGUAUCCUCAGCGUCCGUUGUUACCCCGGGAUCUGGAGCUGAAGGCCCUGAAUUACCAGGCGGCAAAUAUUGUUUUUGCAAGCAUACAACCUUACCAGAAUAUACCCAUCAUUGGGUAUGUUAAAGAUAAACUUGGAGCUGAUGAGAUGCUUUCUUGGGUUCAGCAUCAUAUUAAACAUGGGUUUUGUGCUCUGGAGAAGCUGUUGGAGAAAUUUGCUGGAAAAUAUGCUACAGGAGAUGAAGUUUUCUUGGCUGAUUUGUAUUUGGCACCUCAGAUUGAUGGUGCUGUUAAAAGGUUCAGUGUUGAUAUGAACGAGUUCCCUCUUUUAUCAAAGUUCAAUGAGGCAUACAAACAACUCCCCGCUUUUCAAAAUGCAAUGCCUGGGAAGCAGCUUGAUACGCCACCUGAGGCGAGGGACUGAGGUCAGAUUCAAAUUCGACAGAUAAAUGUAUGCUUUCAUGCCCAAGCUGAGUUCUUGUGAUCUAAUUCAAUGGGAGUGGAAUCAUCAGUGAAAGGAGCUCUGUUUUAGAUUACUAACCGUAUCUUGUAUAUCUGUUUGUGUGCGCUGUGCAAUAGGAGAAAUCACUUGUGAGGAAUAAGAGCACAAUUUCAAAUUGUAGUAUGAACGAUUGAUAAAUACUCAUUUGAAAUUGUCAUCAACUUUGAAAGCUUAAUCUCUUUAAUUCACUUGAAAACUUGAAACA